UCAUCCUCUUUUUCACCUGACACUGUGUUUGAAAAUGCUGCUGAAGAUGAGGAUUUAAACCAACCAGCUCCCUUUAAAACAAAAGAUGAAAUUUUACUUGAGGAUUUGCCAGCAGUGGAGGAACUGACUGUGUCACUACCAGAUGAUGUAGAACUAAUCCCAGUUGGAACAGUAUCUAGUAUCAUACAGCAGCUUGUAAUAAUCCAGUCUCUGCAAGACUCACCCGCUUUGAAUGACGACAGCAUCAUCUUCCAAUCUGAUCGAAGAGCUUUGGGCAAGGUUUUCGAAGUCUUUGGUCCUGUAGCCAGACCUCUGUAUAUCUUGCGUUUCAACUCUCCUGGUGAUCUCAACUCUCAGGGGCUGACACUUGGAUUGAUUGUUUAUUACGCACCACAUGUGAAAGAAUAUACUGAAUACAUCUUCCUACAGCAACUUCAACUUUCAAAGGGCUCAGAUGCCUCCUGGAAAAAUGAUCAAGAACCACCAGUAGAGGCUUUAGACUACAGUGAUGAUGAGAAGGAGCAGCAAGCCAAGAGGAGAGUGAAAAACACAAAGCACAACACAGAAAUUCUUAUGGUGAAGACUCUGCAGCCGCACCGUGUAACACCAAGACAUUCAGCCGCUCCAUUCAGGCAUCUUAAUGGAAACAACCCCCACCAUCCUUUUCGUCAUUCUCAUCAGCCACCCCUGCACACAGAUGUUACCCGCGAGUACCAUGCUCCUCCCUGCCUUGAUCUACCCUAUCCUCCUCCCUCAGUCACAUUCCCUCCUCCUUCUUUCUUUAGUCCAUCAUACACCUCUACCGGCGAGUACCAUGCUCCUCCCUGCCUUGAUCUACCCUAUCCUCCUCCCUCAAUCAACUUCCCUCGCUUCCCUCCUCCAUCAUUCUUUAGUCCAUCAUACACCUCUCUACUCUGUCCACCAAUUUCUGUCCCUUUUUCAAAUUUCCAUCCUCCAUCACCACCACCACCACAAUAA